AUGGCCGACUCACAGUCCUCACACCACAAGCCGGAUCUUCGCUGGGAUACUAUUACGCCUACCAUCAUCACAACAGUACUCGCGACCGCAGUGGUGAUAUUGAGACUCAUCGUCCGAUGUAAAUUUGUCAAGGCUGUAGGCUUCGAUGACUUUGUCAUUGUGGUAUCGCUUUUCCUUUCCUGGGUAGUCCUUGGUCUUACUGUGGCCAUGGUAGUCACAGGCUUCGGCAGCUACGCCUGGCACAGUCCUCUCGAUCUUCACUCUGCGACGGCCAAACUCUUUCUCAGCUGGAACGUCCUCUACGUCGUCCUCAUUCAUGUCACCAAGGCCUCGAUUCUUACCCAAUACCUACGCAUCUUCCCUACUCGCACCAUGCGACGGCUAACAUGGCUUCUCUUCGCCGCUCUCGUACCUUCGCUUCUCUGGGGCGUGUUCGGUUCCAUCUUCAUUUGCGACCCAGUCAGAAAGAUUUGGCACCCAAUAGAGCCGGGUAAAUGUCUGAGCACGAGAACAUACUGGGUGAGCGUCACGGCAGUGAAUAUUGUACUCGAUUUUGCAGUACUGGCAUUGCCGAUCCCAGUCAUCUCACGACUGAUGUUGCCACGAAGACAAAAGAUUGCGCUGGUGGGCGUCUUUCUGCUAGGCUUCUUUACCUGUGCGAUAUCAGUUGUCAGGCUUGUCGUGGUACAUAAUGCCUACGUCCGACAUGACUUUACCGCUUCCUCGGCAGAAGCAGUGACGUGGUCAAUGGUCGAAGCCAAUGUCGGCAUAAUUUGCGCAUCUCUACUCGCCCUCAAACCACUAAUCGUGCAUCUCUUCCCAAAGUCGACCAAAGAACGUCAGCCGCCUCGAUGGAGUCUGACGCUGAACACUGUUUCGACAGUCGAGCCACCAGAGCACGACAUUGAAAAGGCAGAGGUGGACCAAACAGAUGGGACAACGUCAAGAUCCGCGUCCAGUGCUGAUAGACUGGAGAAGAUUACGGAAGAGCUUGAAGACUUUGAUGAGCUGACAUUUGUUGGCACUCGUGAGGGCAUCAUGAACACCGAGAUGCGCAAUCAUAGAACAAAGAGCUGGAGUGAACAGACAAUUCUUGACAUGGAAGGCGUUAUUACAAAACCUAAAGUGGCAGUGACCAGUCCCCUCACAGCGCACAUGCUAGAAGACGACAGAGAGUUGCGAGAGGAGCAGAAGACGGUGUUGGAUUUGUGA